AUGGCAAAUCUCAAGUUCCUGAGCCCCCAUGGCUCCUUUUUCGCCAAUGGAGUGGCCGCUCUGGUUUUGUUUUUGACUGUCGGUGUCUAUUCCACUAUCACUGCCUUAGGAGCGGCGGGUGGUAAACCCACCUCGAACGAUAUGAAUCAUAUCACUUCUUCCGCACUGUACGCCACAUUCACUGUUACGGGUUAUUUUGGAGGAACCGUUACCAAUCUCAUAGGUCCAAAAUACCAGCUUGCCUUUGGUGCUUUUGGCUACCCUUUUUACGUCAGCUCUCUAUGGUACUACUACAAGAAGUCUGUGAUGGCUUACCCAAUUGUGGGUGGAGUAGUUCUUGGGCUCUGUGCUGGUCAACUAUGGUCUGCUUCAUGCUACGUAUUUCUGUUCUAUGCUGAGGAGCAUCGCAAGGGUCUUUACUAUGGUAUACAGAAGACCAUGAUUGCUUUUGGAAACUUCAUUUCAUCCUGUAUCGUGCUUGGGAUCAACUACCACAAGUCCAAAGCUGGUGGUGUACCUACUGCAAUCUUUGCAGUAUUUUUUGUACUUGAUAUGCUUGGAGUAGCUGUUGCUUUUCUCUUGAAGAAUCCUAAGGACAUCAUCAGAAGCAGCGGUGAGCGUUUAGCAAAGUUCAAGGUUCAAGGUACUAUGGAAAGUAUCAAAGGCACUUUGCUUCUUACAAAAAAACCUCAGACCUUGUUUACGCUUAUGCCUCUGAUUGUUGCCGAGUUCCCAUUGGUGCUGCAACCAACCAUUUCGAGUUACUUCCUCAACCUCAGAUCCCGUUCAGUCGUCUCCGUUAUUGUGGCAGCCUUGAACAUGGUGUUCGCAUCUGCUCUUUCUCAGGUGUUGGAUCUGAAAUACGUGACUAGACCUACCCGUGCAAAGAUAGGGUUUGCAAUUGUUGCAUGUUUUGUCAUUGGAGGUUACAUGGGCGAAGGCAUAUGGCUUUACCAUACGCUCCCAUCUACUCAGCCUGAGUCUGUUCCGGCUUACGACUUCACAAGCAGCUCAUUCGGCGGGUUCAUGAUCUGUUACAUUUUGCUUAGUUGCUCGACUAUCAUAUAUCCGGUUUACCUGGGAUGGCUUGUUGGGACAUACUCAAAUGACCCCACUAUUACUUCAUACUACGCGGGGUUCAUUCGUUCGAUGUCUGCUUGUGGUGCAGCUAUUGCAUUUGGUAUGGCUGCUGCCAACACUAUCAGCAUUCGCAAACAGUACAUCAUUCACUGUUCAGUCUCUAUCUUCUCCUUGAUUCCAUUGCUCUAUUGUGCCGUCAAGUAUGUAACAGAAACAAACUAUGGCAAGGAGGAGAAUGUCAUCAUUCCAGAACAUUGGGUCAAGGCACUUGGAGUGGAGGCGGAAGGUGAUGUAUCUCCCGACACUGCUAGCAUGGUUCAAGUAGAAAUGUCGAAUGAAGAGAAGGCUUAA